CCCUUGUAUUUGCCCAUACUCUGUUACUAGAGAGACACGAAUCCGUGUCCACACAUCUCAAUAAGUGGAGACUACAGAAUACUUGGGCGUGGUAUAAACCUCCGCCAUGGAUGCUGGUGAAGCUAACGUGACUCUGGCAUCUUAUGACACAACCGAGAAAUCCACCGACGCCCUGAAGAUCAACGGGAGUAAUGAGACAACGACUUACUACUACUAUCAGUCAUCGUGGUACAAGCCUAUGGUGGUGACAGCGUUUAUCUUGCUAAUGACAUUAAUAUGUGUUGGGAACGCCCUGGUGCUCGCUGCGUACUGCAAAGCUCGCAGGCUGCGGACCAGAAGCAAUUUGGUGAUGAUCCAACUUCCGGUGACAGAUUUCAUUGGCGGCCUUUUGUUAGUGUUUCACAUUGUGACAUUCUUGGUUUUCGACACUAUUAAGUGGCUGUACCUGUGUAUCCUGAGAUAUUGUCUGACGAUUUUUCCGGGUAUGGCGACAGUGUUUGCCUUGCUGAUGAUCACUGUUGAGAGAUACUACGCCAUUCUGCAUCCUCUGAAACACCGACAGCGGCACUAUGCAAAAUGGUCUUUAGUCAUCGGCCUUUCGGUCUGGAUACCCUCUUCAUUCGUCGGCCUUAUUCUUCCAUUCGUUUGGCACAAAGACUGGUCCUAUGACAAAGAUAAAGAUUGCGAAAUGUCGUUAGUUCUUCCAGAACACUAUUUAGGCAGUUUACUUUGCUCCGGCUUCACCAUUGUUGCCUCUUGUAUCGUCUAUAUGUACAUCAGAAUAGAGAGAGCUGUUCGCCAGUCAAACUUUACAGUCAAAGAAAAGGACGUGAAACUGUCAAAAACUGUGGUAUUAAUCCUUGCAUGUUUUUUCACGUGUUGGGCUCCCUUGAUAAUAAUGCUGGGUGUAUUUAGUUCUCCUCUUAUUCAAUACACGCCGACAACAAUAACUAUUCGAUUCUUCCUGAUGAACUUGGCCACAUUGAAUUCCGCCCUAAACCCGAUCAUAUACGCAAUUCGGCUACCAGAGUUUCGGAAAGCAAUUUGGGAAAUGGUCACCGGUAGAAAACCUAUGAGAAGGAACACAGUCAGCUCUUCUGACUGUUAUUCCACCAGUAAUACAAGAACUAGGUCGUCCGUUCGUUCUGAUAUUGUUUAGGUAUGAUAUUGAUUAGAACUAUUAUAUACACGCAAGUCUAUAUGAUAAUUAAGAAAUAGAUAUUCGAAGAACAGAUACAAAGCAUGGUGUUUAGAGCUAAAUUAAAAGUAAAGGGCUAUUUUCAACUGGUUGGCUUCUUUAUUGUAAAGAAAAACUUGAGUUUAUUUCAUAAUCUCAGACAUUUUUAUAACUCUGAUAUUGCGUUCCUUUGAUAUAAAUCGUUGAUAAAUAGGCCCUUUAUUGAA